AGAACGUGCGACGGCAUUUCCUCCGGUCUCAUGAGCUGCGCCACCGACGCCGCUUUUCGAGCUCCGGAAUCUUCCCGCCGUUUGAACUUCCCGCCCGGGAGAGCUGAGGGGGCCGCAGUUUUUGCCGUGAGGGGGCUGAAACCUCUGCCGGGAGUGGGGCCGUUAGGCCUGCGUCGGCCUUGAGGGUUUCCUUUUCCCACGCCGCCAUGUCGGCGGGCUUCUCUUUCGGGGCAGGGACGUUGCCUUCGGCCACCGCUGCUGCUGCUGGGACAGGCGGCGGCGGCGGCGGCGGCGGGUUCUCCUUUGGAGCCACUCCGAGCUCAACUGGAGGGCUUAACUUUGGAACAUUGGGCUCAACAGCUGCUGCAACUACAACAACUCCUUCUGUAGGCUUUGGGUCUGGCCUCUUCACUUCAAAACCUGCCACUGGUUUUACAUUAGGGACUAAUACAGGAACAGCAACAACUAUUGCCACAGGAUUAACACUCGGCGCACCUGCUACCACUUCUGCUGCUACCACAGGCCUUAGUUUAGGAUUCAACAAACCUGCAGGAUCAGCCACGCCAUUUGCUUUACCUAUCACAUCUACUUCCUCUGCCCUCUCACUUUCUUCUGCCCUCACAUCAGCUCCAGCACCAGCACCUUCCAGCUUUACAUUGAACUUGGGAGGCACACUCGCCCCAACCACAAGUGUAUCCACAGGACUUUCGCUGGGAGGAGCCUUGGCCGGUUUAGGAGGGACACUAUUCCCAAAUGCAAGCACAACUGCAACAGGGCUUGGACAGAAUGCUUUUGGCUUGACUCUAGGGGCAGCUGCAGCACCUGCUACUACAAUUAAUGAAGGUCUUGGAGGCAUAGACUUCAGUAGUUCUUCAGAUAAAAAGAGUGACAAAACGGGAACAAGACCAGAGGAUAGUAAAGCACUAAAAGACGAAAAUCUACCUCCUGUAAUCUGCCAAGAUGUAGAAAAUUUCCAGAAGUUUGUAAAAGAACAGAAACAGGUUCAGGAGGAAAUUAGUCGAAUGUCUUCCAAAGCAAUGCAUAAAGUGCAGGAGGAUAUAAAAGCUUUGAAGCAGCUUCUAUCAGUGGCUGCCAGUGGAUUACAGAGAAAUACCCUUAAUAUAGAUAAACUGAAAGUGGAAACUGCUCAGGAACUUAAAAAUGCUGAAAUAGCAUUAAGAACGCAGAAAACACCCCCUGGCCUUCAACAUGAAAACACAGCGCCAGCAGACUACUUCAGGAUCUUGAUUGAACAAUUUGAAGUACAACUGCAACAGUACAGACAGCAAAUUGAAGAACUAGAAAAUCAUCUUGCCACUCAGGCAAACAAUUCACAUAUAACGCCACAAGAUUUAUCUAUGGCUAUGCAGAAAAUUUAUCAAACGUUUGUAGCUCUAGCUGCACAACUCCAAUCAGUCCAUGAAAAUGUGAAGAUGCUCAAAGACCAAUACCUUGGUUUCAGAAAAAUGUUCUUGGCGGAUGCUGUGGACGUGUUUGAGGCAAGGCGAGUGGAAGCGAAGAAAUGGCAGACGGCCCCACGUAUUACCACAGGACCAACUCCUUUCAGCAACAUACCAAAUGCAGCAGCCGUUGCCAUGGCUGCAACUCUUACACAGCAGCAACAGCCUGCUACAGGGCCACAGCCGACUCUGGGAAUUAGUUUUGGAACGCCAUUCGGUUCAGGUAUUGGCACUGGCUUGCAAUCAAGUGGCUUAGGCUCUUCAAGCCUUGGAGGGUUUGCAGGUAGCUCUGGUUUUGGAAGCAGUGCCACAGGUGCACCAUCAUUUGGAUUUGGAACCACAAAUAAGCCUUCAGGGAGCCUUAGUGCAGGCUUUGGCAGUUCGAGCACAACUGGGUUUAACUUCAGCAAUCCUGGCAUCACAGCAUCUGCUGGCCUGACGUUUGGGGUGUCCAAUCCAGCCUCUGCAAGCUUUGGCACAGGAGGUCAACUUCUCCAGCUAAAGAAACCCCCAGCUGGAAACAAGAGGGGGAAAAGAUAAAUGUGGAAGAGGCGGGGGAGUGGGGAGGGUUGGGGUCAGAGAAAAGGGACAAUGCAUUCACUUGGUUCAUCCUGGAAAAAUCUAUUUUUUUAAGCUGAUAUAGUAGGUGCUCUGUGUCCUUGGAGAUUUAUAACGUUUUGCUACUUAUUCCCAUUCUGGAUUCUAAAAAGUACUUGUAACAUACAGCUUUGUGUGUGAGAAUCAAAGCUCACUUCUUUUUGUUUUACUUUUAGAUAUGUACUUCAUUAUUAAGGACUGUUGUAAAACCAUCUAUUUAACAUAAUACUAGUGACAGGAUGUUUUUAUCUAUAUGCUUUAAACCAUUUAAAGAUACUUGGUUUCUUUGUACAAUUGAAGUAUAUUCUAGUACAAAUGCUUGAAUCCAUAUCUUCUGUUUCUUGAUAUGGCCUUUUAAAACCAUCAGGGUGGUUAUGUUUAUAUGUAUGUAAAUAUAUACAGUACAAAUGCACACUCGUAUAUGUAUUUGAGUACAUAAGAUGCAUUUCAAAACUUGGGUUGUACUCAUUGUUCUACUUAGAGCAGACCCAUUGAAAUGAAUGGGACUUCAUCAUGAUCAACUUAAAUCCCAUCCAUUUCCACGGAUCUGUUUGAAGUAGGACUAACAAUGGAUACGGCCAGUUGUCUGUAAGACAGAAUGUUUCCAAGUUUGAUUUUGGGGUUCUUCUCUCCCCCACAUAGUGUCAGCAUAUCAAAGACGAGUUGUAACAUCUACUAAUGCAUGUAAGACAUUGCAGGCUGUUGCGUUUUGUCAUUUCCCA